CUGCCCACUUCGACGCGCUAGCUGGUGGUUUGCCAUUCAAGAUCUGACCUUCAUCUGGUUGCUUUGACAGAGAAAGUGUCGCUGCUCAAUCCGAUCGCCUCGCCAGCAUCAAUCAAGGUCAUCAAGUCGGCGUGAAUCGGGCGCGUGCGAAGUCAAAGAGGCAGAGGGCAAGUGCUGCGCCAAGUCGAGCAAGAGCUGCAUCGAGAACCCCAAGCCAAAGCGAUCACUAUGAACAUCGACGUCGUCCGGUGACGAUUCAGUGCUUAUGAUUGUUCGAGUUUUGAAGGGGUAGUCAGCGCUGUGCGAGACGGUUCGAAGGGCGCUCACGUCGAAGUCAACGAUGGGCUCGACUUUCGCAAAGCGCUGCACGUCCUCAAUCACGCAGCCUUUGAAAAUUUGGACAUCUUCUAGCAUCCAAUACCGAGCUUGCGGGGCGCGCAUACACUCAUCAUCCCGUUCGGCGGAGCGCUACCCAUCACGCCUUUCGAGGGCACUGGCCAAUCUCACGCAGCACCUUCAAACCAACGGCUCGACGGCCCAAGAAGCGCAUGAAGAGGCUGAACAACUGGUCAAGUGGGUCCGCUCGGAGCAUCAUCAAAGGAACCUCGCUCCUCGAGACAGCUACAGGACAACGCUGCGAGCGCUGCACAGGCUCAAGAAUGGCGAACCGAUCGCCUAUGUGCUUGGUAAUGCUCCUUUCGGAGCUAUAAAAGUGGAGUGCAAGGCGCCGGUUUUGAUUCCCAGACACGAGACGGAAGAGUGGACGCUGAGACUUGGCGACUUGCUCAAGAAACACGUCAAGGACCACCGUCGUGUUUUCGACAUGAGCCUCUUGGAUCUGUGUACCGGAACCGGCUGCAUCGCCUUGCUGCUCGCUGACGUCUUCUCUAAGCUGCGCAAAGACGACAAGAUACUGCUCGAAGCGCACAUUCGAGCGGUAGACGUCGCUCCUCAAGCAGUGGCUUUGGCUCAGCGAAAUGCAAAUCGAUGCAAGUCCGAUUGGCACGAAUGCGUAGACCUCCAGAUCAUAAAAGGCGACCUUUUCGUGGAUGGCGACGUGAACAAAGUCUGCCACUCUCUUCCAGCGCAGCACACUCAGGGCUUCGAUCUGCUCGUUUGCAAUCCGCCUUACAUUUCUGCAAGCGAUUGGAAAGAGCUAGACGCUAGCGUCAAGAAUUGGGAAGACCGAUUGGCGUUGGUAGGGGACUAUCCUAACGAGCGUCAUCCAGGACAAGCAAUGCCCGAGCCUCACAUCCGCUCAGGUCUAAUCUUCUACAAACGUCUUGCACAGCUCAUCUCUUCUGGUAAGCUUGUCCGACCGCCGCGCGACGGGCAAAGCCCCUUGCCCAGCUUUGUACUGGAAGUCGGGCACGAUCAGGCUUCUGCCGUUGUGAAUCUCUUUGCUGGUUGUACGCGCAGCCUUCAAGUGUGGAGAGACGCUUUCGGAAAGGAUCGAGCCGUUGUUGGGUGGCUUAGUUAGAAGCGGCUGAUACGAAUAAGGCAGGAUCACGAAGAAAAAACCCUUGCAGUACCUUGCACGAGUAAUUAGUACAUGGAUUCGCUGGUACUGUACAUGGACAUGAGCACUCUCGCCAUUGUAUUUGUACGCGACGCGCCCUUCUUUUACGUCGGAAGGCUCUGAGUGCCCAAAUCUGCCAUGAGCUGAGUGACUAUAGCGUGCACACGCGUUUCGAUCC